AUGGCUCAAACUCGAUACGUGGAACGUCCUAUUCCUCAAAUUUCUUUGGCCGACUUCGAGACUCGUAUCGAGGCAAUCACGGCAGAGUUGAUAGAUGCAGCCGAAAACGUUGGGUUUUUCACGAUUGUUGACCAUGGGAUCUCUAAAGAAGAUAUCGAAGCUAUGUUCAUGACAUCAAAAAGCUUCUUCGACCUGCCCGACAACAGCAAAGCGACAGUACCAUGGAAUGCUAAUAACGUUGGCUGGGAGAAAAACUCACAAAUUCGCCCGUCGACGGGAAAACCAGACAGCAAAGAGUCCUACCAGCUUCAAUUCGGUGACAAUAUGAAGGGGCUUUGGGUCACAGACAAUCGAUUGCCAGGGUUCCAAGCUAUUUCUCUGGACUUCAUGCACGGUGUGCAAAAAGUAUCUGAAGACUUGAUGAGAUGCUUCGCUCGGGGGUUAGGCUUUGCUGAAGAUUUCUUCAUCAAAUGUCACGAUGUUUCACGACCCGACUCCCAAACCACCAUGCGAUUACUUCAUUACUUCGCACUACCAGAGGAAGCCGAUGGCCAGGUGUAUCAUCGCGCAGGGGCACAUGCGGAUUGGGACUUUUUGACUCUACUUUUCCAGAAAGAAGGGCAAAGCGGGCUCGAGAUCUGCCCCGGUCGCGAAUCGGUCACUGAAUUUGGCAUUGGGGAUGAUUGGACCAAGCUGGAGGCAAAAACGGGAGAAAUUGUUUGCAACAUCGGAGACUUACUCAUGUCAUGGUCGGAUGAUCGGUUUAAGUCGACAUUUCACCGUGUCAAGGCGCCGUGUGAGUCAGGGGAUUAUUUUGGGGACCGGUAUAGCAUUGCAUAUUUCAACCAGCCCUGCAAGGAUGCAUUGAUCCAAGGACCACUGAAGAAGUAUCCAAUGGUGACCGGUGCCCAGUUUACCGAGAAUGCGAUGAAAAGGAAUUUUGCCGCAUUGCAGGAGAAGUUAAAGACGGUCGCGGCGGGAUAA